AUGGCAUCUCGAAUUCCACCCCUCCUAGACACCUAUCUCCACCUACCACCUGAGACAUCCCUCGUCCUUCUUAGUGGGGUUCUGGGGUCGAGUACGAACUGGCUGGUUCUCCGCUAUCUUUACUCUCUACUUUCGACCCCAUCCAACUCGAUAGCAAGAGAAGAAAGUAAAGAGGAUGCCGAUUCGUCUAGCAUAGAGGAUACUAGUGUAGCUUUUGUCAGCUUUUUACGCGACUACACUUUCUGGAAGGAGGGUGCCGGGAAACUUGGUCUUGAUCUUGAUGCAUUAACCAGGAAGGGCAAAUUCAUCUUCGUCGAUGGUCUCUCUAGCUUGUACUGCGCAUCACCUACCCGCCCCCAAGGGCAUCCGCAAGAUAAUGUUACCGGGAGGAAGGCCUUGUCUGUUGCCUCACUACAGCAUUUACGCAAAGAACUCGAAGAUGCCGUAGCACAGGUUCAGCGCUCUGCUUCUAAGCAAAGGACUGUCUUGAUUGCUGACCAAUUGGACCUGCUGUUGGCUGCCUCUGGGAACGAUAUUCCGAGCCAAGCACUACGGGAUAUGCUGCUUAGCAUUCGCGAGAAAGUACAUUCAUCCAUCGUCACCCUAUCUGCAGAUGAACCAUUAAUGUCAUUACAAACGACAUCAUUAGAAAAGGAGCACGCUGCAUUCGCUAUAACCUUAGCCCAUGAUGCCAAUCUUGUGAUCAGUCUAAGGAUGCUGGAUACAGGAACCGCUAGAGACGUAAGUGGCGUCAUAAGAGUUACCCCAAGCGGCGGAUACAAUGGGACAGAUGGGACGAUCGAGGAGCGGGAAUUGCUAUAUCUCGUAGCGGGCGACGGUGGAGUCAAAGUAUUCGAACGGGGUCAAUAG